AUUUGCUUUAUAGCCCUAGCCUUUCCCAUUCUGAUUUUAAAAAUUCUUUUUUUUGUGGUAGUAAUAAAGACAAUUCCGAUUAGGUUGAAAUAGAAAAUAAACCCAUAAAAAAAAGAUGGAACCUUGAACAGCUUCGAGGUGGUCAUACGUUCUUGUCACUACAAUCUGGCACAAAUAAAUUCGAUUCCCAAAAAGGAAUGACCGCUCCAGGAAUGCCCCGAUGGAAUAUCACAAAGGAUAAGCAUUUAAGAUUUAUCGAACCUGAUAGGCGCAGUGAAGAAUUUUUGAGGGCACAGUAUGGAACAAACCAAUAUGCUUCGCAAAAAGGAUUAACUCCUAUUGGAGCGAACCGUUAUCAGGUUCCAAAGAUUGUUUAUAAAAAGGAAUGGGAAACAGGCCUCGAUAAACGAAGCGAAAGGAUUAUGCCGAAACAAUCGGGAGAUUUUGGAUUGGCGACACAAUCUGGGGAGAGAUCAAUGGGGUCACAUAGGAAUCAAGUUACAAAUGUUCGAGGGCGCCUACCACGAGAUCGUCGAACCCAUGGCGUGCUCUGUUAUCAAUAUGGCACAAAUCUUUUCGCAUCACAAAGUGGAAUGAGUGCUCCACCAGGUAUAGGUGCAGUACGCCAGGCUACAAUGGAGAUUGAAGGGCUAGCGCUCAGUGAAGAAAAUAUGCGCAAAGGAACCAAAUUGGUACCUUGGUACUCUGGCCAGAACAAAUUUGCUAGCCAAGCUGGUUCUGGUGGCUUCUUUAAAGUUCGCGAUGUCCUGCCGCACACUGAGGGUGGUAAACAAAUAAAUGAAGAAUUAAGGAUGAAAUCGGAAGGAAUUGUGCCUCUACAAGCAGGCACCAAUAAAUUAGCAUCACAGAGAGGAAUGACUGGUUUCGGUACUCCAAGAGAUGUCCUCAGUAAAAUAGGAUGGAAGAAAGAAAGGAUCGAAGAAUAUGAAAAAGCGUUAAAGGAAUGGGAGGAAACGAAACUGCCAGGUUCUGCUUCAUCUAUAGAUCCAUUCGGCCAUUAUAAGCAAAAAUUCGAAGAAAGACACCUUGAGAGAUCUACUUCGGAAGAUUCGCAGAAAAUUGACGAAGCAAUGAAGGAAACAAUGAAUCAUGCACUAUGUGAUGGAUCAGUAAUAAAUU